AUGGUGAGGACUGAAGCUACGAUAGCCCGAAACCAAGGGCCAGAGCCCGCAGCUGCGGCUGACACUAGAGGGCCAGCGACAGCCAGAAGGUGCCGUAGAGCUAGAGGCCACGGGGCUGCCCCAGCCAAUGGCAGGGCUCAUGCUGUAGACAGGGUUGUUCCAGUCGGAUCCUCAUCAGCUUAUCAGUAUUCGCCCUCCGAGGGCUGUUUUGUGUGCGGAGAGUUGGGCCAUAUUGCUAGGAGGUGUCCCCGAUCCAGGCAGGAUUAUCAGCCCCAGAGGACUCCAGCAUCGUCAGGUGGUCGAAGAGGUACUUCUCAGAGAGGCGGCACUAAGGCAGGCCGCGGUGGUUCUCAUGUUUCUAGAGGUGGAUCUCAGGUUAAUAGAGAUGGGUCCCAGAGUUCGAGAGGUGGAUCUCAAUCUGGACAUGAUGGGGCCUAG